AUGGCUCCCCACAGAAUCUUCACCAUCCCCGAACUCCUCGAACAAAUCCUUCUCCAAACCGACCCCCAAACCCUCCUCACCUCCGCCCAACAAGUCUCCCAAAUCUGGCACACCCUAAUCAUAACUUCCACCCCCUUACAACAAUUCCUUUUCUUCAAACCCACCACCCCCAGACCUAAAAACAACCCCCGCACCCCCAACCCCUUCCUCCCCAAAAUCUGGUCCCGCCUCUUCCGCAAACGCCUCACCUCCCACCCCACCCCCUCCACAAACUAUCACUACACCCUCCCCCCGGCCGACCCCCUCGACGAAGCCCUCUUCCUCCACCCCACCGCCACCUGGCGCCGCAUGCUCGUCCAACAACCCCCCACCUCCUCCAUCGGCGUCUUCGUCCUCGACCCCUCCUGGAUCGCCUGCGACGGGGAUGAUAUCUCCCCCGUCCGCAUCUUCCAGGCUGAGGUCGAGUUCCUGACUCUGGAACAUCUGCAUUGGUCCGCCAUGGUGGGAUGCUUGUUGCCGCUGGCUAGGGAGCUAGUAUUUUGGGACCAUAAGGAUUAUUAUAAGAGGCGAGAGGUGGUAUGGAAGAGGGAGAUGGAUCUUGCGUUGCACAGGUAUGGUGGGGAUUGUGAUUUGACAGUUUUCACCGGGGGGAAUUGGGAUCUUUGGAGGGUUUUGGGGGGGAUUACGUAUUGUUAG